UAGUAUCAAUCUAUCGGCGGUCUUUUCAUCUGUAAAAUUCCAUGAAAUACAAUUGGGCCAAUUAAAUUUUAUAUAAUUGUUCGCUUCUUUCAAUCACACAGCUACACUAUAUUUGGGUAGACUCGAUGAUCGAUGCUCCUCGGACUUAGUAGCGCCAAACCGGCUCACUCCGGGUCCCGUCCGACAUAGUAAUCAACUCAACGGUGUUUGAACUUCAAUCGGGAACACGGGAAUACCGAGUCGGCGGAUUUAUUAUGAGCGGGAUCCUGUCCUGACUGAGACUCCGAAAUCCCGGUUUAUCCCCGUGCCGGGCCGUCGGUAGCAAGACGGCGUCUAGAUCUCGAGCUAGAGCUUGCGCGGGGUUCUUUGUAAGUGCGCAAUUCAUUACGUAUCGGCCCUCAUAUUUUGCGACUCCUCAUCUUUUUUUUUAUAAAUAAUCGAUUUACCCUCAAACAUUUUCUUCUAGUCAAAUAGCACAAGCGUUCUCAUUACCUUUCUAAGAAGUGCUUUAAAGAUCCACCGUAAAGAUGAGCGACCACCGAAGAAUCAGCGUCCUUGACGAGACACUCGUUGAUGGUCUACCAAGUGUUUCAAAGACGCUCUUCCAAGCUAAAGCUAGACACGGAUAUACGUUCGAGGAGCUUGCACAGAAACUAGGCCGCAGCGAGGUUGCGGUUGCUGCUUUAUUCUAUGGCCAAGCCCAGGCAUCCGAUGAAGAUAUCGAGAAGUUGACAGAAGCCCUUGACCUCCAAAAGGGGGACCUACACUCGCUGUCACUGGGUUUCCCUAAUCGGGGACGUGCGGGACCAAUGCCUCCCGUAGAGCCGCUCAUCUACAGAUUGUACGAGAUUGUACAAAACUAUGGGUAUGCCUUUAAGGCUGUUAUAAACGAGAAAUUUGGCGACGGCAUCAUGAGCGCUAUUGCGUUCUCUUCUAAGGUUGAGAAGGAGGUCGACGGUGAUGGAGUCGCCUGGGUCAAUAUUACCCUCCGAGGAAAAUGGCUGCCAUUUACUCGAUUCUAAUUUGAUGGUGCAUGGAGUGGCGGUUUAACUUUGCCAUACAUACAUUCAAUCCUAUUUGAAGUACAGUCGCAUCAUAUAAUUGAUCACUUAUAUUAAGACUACCUGUUUCUUCAUCUCCAUUAGGUACCCUUAACGAACGCUGUUGAGAGAUGAUUAA